AUUUAUUUGUGUGUCUCAGGGCCCCUGCAAGAAUGCCCUGUGCAGUUAAUUACUCCUGCUGCUCCGUUCUCCGAUGCUCUGCUCUGCCCACCCGUGGCCCGCGCAGCUCCGAGCGUAGGACUGCGUGCCCGCUGGCCCGGAGGCCAGCCGACCCCUCGCCGGAGCGGCCUCUGUGGUGCGCAGCUUUCGGCCUGUGCGGGUGGCUUCUCAGCGAAGCAGCCCCUGGGACGAGUCAGCUGGCAGCGGCUUCCACAUGGAGCUCGCACCAGCUUAUGUCCUUCCUUUGCGCAGAGGCCGGCGGGUCCGUGCGGCAGUCCAUCAGGCAGUAGGGCGGCCGCCAGCACCUCCUCGGGACCCGAGGGGGCGACGCCGGCGGCCGCGCCGCGGAGCCUGGCGAGGAGGGCGCCCAGGACCUUUCGACGAGGCAGGGGCCGGGCCUGGCGCCGGCAGCGGCGCCGCCGUCAAGGUGGCCGGCGCAGCGGCGUUACUGGUCGCUGCCGGGGUUGCGGCAACGCUAGGCAUGCAGCCGUCGCAGGUGGCCGCAGCCAAAGAGGAGGCGCUGGGCCUCGUCGGCGCCGGCGGCGAAGCCCCGGCUCUGCCCGAGGGCGCCGCGGGCAAGUUCCGGGACGCCCGGGCCAGGGAGUUCGAGACGGGCCGGCUGCACUGCGAGGUCGAGUGGGCGGCGCCCUCUGGCGGCCAUGGCGCCCAGGCGGCGGCGGCCACGAGGCGCUUCCCGCAGACGAGCGUCAUGGACGCCUUUCUGAGGUCGGAGAUCCAGGUCGCUUUUCAGGAGAUCGUGCUGCCCCAGAUCCAGAACGAACUGCUGGCGCUCAGGGGGGAUGUCCAGGACAUGCGGCGGGACCUGCAGGCGCUCUCCUCGAAGAGAGACCCUGAAGCCGCCACGAAUCGCAGCCUCUCCCCGAAAGUGCUGGUGGACCACUUCCCCCAGCGCCCUGGCCCUUCGCGAGACACCAUCACCAACGGCGACGACGCGCCCCACUGGGGGCUGACGUCGGCGGAGCCUUGGAAGCGCUCCUCCGCCUACUGCGAGCUCCCGCGGCCCUCGAGCCCGCGGGCGCACCGCUCCGCGAACAAGGCGAGCAGCCUCAGGGCCUUCGUCGCCAGCAACGCCAAGAAGAAGGGCGACGACGACCAGGACGCCGAGGAGCUCCGGCGGCGGCCCCAGGCCGGCGGCGGGAAGCUGCACCUGGCGCCCCCCCACUACGUCACCGAGAGCGACGAGGACAGCGACGCGGGCGAGAGCGAGGAGGCGGAGGUGAGCGAGGUGCGCCCUCCGGCCCCCCUCGUCGGGCGCCCGACGACCCCGGCCGAGCAGGAGCCGUCGCUGAUGGUCGUGGAGGACCCCAGGGGCAGCUCCGGGCCCGUGGUGCCGCGGCAGGCCCGACAGGACGGCUCCCUGGCGGCGGCGCCGCGGCGGACCCAGCCGGCGGCGGUGCGGUUCAGCAGCGAGGGGCAGGAUCGCAGGAGCCGCGACUCCAGCGAGAGCCAGCAGUUUUUUGGCGGCGGGGGGGCGUCCCUGAGGGAGCGCAGUACUGAGGCGAACAAUGAUUCUGUUUUCUUCGGGCCCAACGCCAGCGUUCACAUCCAGAAGAACCCGAAGAUCAGGCGGGGAUCCACGAGGGGAUCGCGAGGGGCAGGCCAGUCUCUCUACAUGGGCCGCGUGUCCAUGGCGAUCGCGAAGGCCGACGAGAAGAAGCCAUCGUUCGCGGAGUGGGCGCGAUCUCUGACGAGGCUGGAGACGUACCGCGGCAUGUCUGCCGCAGCGAUUCUGGGGAGCUUCAGGUCUCGCUGCUCCGGCCGGGCUGCUCCGGCCUCGGGCCGCAGCAGCAGCGGCACGUGUCUGCCAGGGGUCGCGCUCUCGCCUCAGACGUCGGUGCAGUCUGCUCGAGGCUGGGGCUCGCUCGCCCUGGACUUCCUCGCGGCGGUCACGAGUUGGGCCCCCGGCGCGUCGACGACGCCGACGUCGCCGAUGAGGCAUUGGAACCGUGGCGAGGACGCGUUCCGCCUUAUCACGGGCGUCCUGGCUGUGAAGGACAAGAACAUUCUGCGGGAUUGCUUGCAGCGUUGCAAGGGCCACAACAACAACGCCGUCGCGCGCUUCACGACGGCUUCGUUCAGCAACGUCGCAGUGGACCUGGAAGGCCUCUCCGGUAAGGUCAUGCCAAACCCCGGAGUGGAAGAGCAGGACGCGGCGGCGCAGAUUCUCGGAUUGGUCGAGAAAACAGACGCGGUGAAGCCUCAGAGCCACCUUGAUUUCCAGAAAGCGAAAUACUUCGAGAGUAGCCCGGGGGACCCCGAUGUCCCGAUGCGUUUGAGGCAUGCGCAGUGGGCGCAUUCGUUUUACUAUCAUCAUGUUCGCGAAUAUUUGGUCAGCGAGUCCCUCGAUCAGAAGAGGAUGUCGCACCAUUUCCAUGGCUCCACGCUCGCGCCUCUUAUUCCGCUGCGGUCUUUGGAAGGCGACGAUGAAAAGAACGAGGCAGCUGCCGCGCAAGCAAACAUGAAACCUGAAGAUCUGGCGCCGUUCAAUGUGAACAUGUGGGCAGCAUGGGAGGAGAUUGCAGAGGUUCUCGACGUGGCCGGGGCAGAUGCGCCGACGGCGUUCAAGCAGUUUUUGGAAAAAGAUUAUGUCCGCAUCUUGUCUUCUACGUGCGACGCUCGAGCUUCAGUCCGCCAGCUUGCGCAGAGUGGAUCUCGCGCUCGGAGCAGUCUUUCGAGCCCAUGGUCGACCCGCAAUUUCAGGGUAGCACAGAGGAGGCGCGCGCGCGAAGCUUUGAUCACGUCUGCAUCCCUGGGCGACCACGCGCGCGCCGUGCAAGCAGUGAAUGAUGCGCAUGCAGAGUAUUUGAAUUCGCGAACUUCGAGGCAGAGGGCGCUAUUGCCGGACGUUGCUCCGCCAAAAUUUGCAAUUUCUAUGCAUCAUGACUUUCUGCGGAACCUCGUGGAGACAGCAGGUGCCGGCUUGUCGCGCUCGGCGCAGAGAGAUGUUACACAGGAGCGUCGGGCAAGCGGGGAAGUGGCAACGUGCAUAGUCGAGCUGGACAGGGUGCGCAUCCACGGAGUGGCCAAGAACAGCUGGAACGGGGAAUCUUUGACGCGCAUUCGCACUCUGUCAUCGGUGGACGCCGUCGGCAAAGAUUCAGGGACUACCAUUGCGCGCUUGCCGCAAGCGACGACGGAGAAUCUCCGCUCCAUGACGUAUGCAGUGCCUCCAGCAGGGCGCUGUGUUUCCACAUUUCGCUCUCUUCGCAAUAAGUUGACCCCUCCAUUUCGCGUUACCAUGAAAGGCGUAGUUGGGGAUUUGCAGCCGCUGGAGACGUCGCAAGGGGGAAACUCGAAGCGAGUGUUCGACCUUGUUGACAAGUAUGGGACGCAUGCGAGAUGCUGCGCUAUUAAACACAACGCAGAGAGCGCUGCGCUUCAGAAUUUCCAGGAAGUGGUGCUCCACUACGGUGCGGGGCGCGGGUCUAUUGGCAAUGCCCGUGGCAUGGUGCAUCUGCUGAAGGACGCCAUGAUCAUUCCCAUCGGUCAGCCGUCAGCGUUGUCUACGGGGAAGACGGAGCAUUUGACGAUCGCGCGGGUGGCUUCGUUCAGCAACGUCGCAGUGGACGUGGAAGGCUUCUCCGGCAAGGUAGUGCCAAACCUUGGAGUGGAAGGGGCGCAUGUCUUCCUGACGGGGCGCUGCAGCGAUGAUAUUUGCGAACGCGUGGACCUGAGCACUGGCGACGAGCAGGACGCAGCGGCGCAGAUUCUCGGAUUGGUAGAGAAAACAGACGCGGUGAAGCUUCAGAGCUACCUCGAUUUCCAGAAGUCGAAAUAUUUCGAGAGUAGCCCAGGGGACCCCGAUGUCUCGAUACGCUUGAGGCAUGCGCAGUGGGCGCAUGCGUUUUACUAUCAUCACGUUCGCGAAUAUUUGGCCAGCGAGUCCCUCGAGCAGAAGAGGAUGUCGCACCAUUUCCAUGGCUCCACGCUCGCGCCUCUCAUUCCGCCGCAGACUCAGUUUUUGGAGGAAGAUUAUUUCCGCAUCAUGUCUUCUACGUGCGACGCUCGAGCUUCAGUCCUCCAGCCGAAUCAGAGUGGAGUGUCGCGCUCGGCGCAGUCUUUCGAGCCCAUGGUCGACCCUCAGUUCCAGGCUAGCGCAGAGGAGGCGCGCGCGCGCGAAGCUUUGAUUUCGUCUGCAUCCCUGGGCGACCACGUGCGCGCCGUGCAAGCAGUGGAUGAUGCGUAUGCAGAGUACGGGGACUCGCGUACUGCAAAGCAGAGGAUGCUCUUGCCGGAGGUUGCUCCGCCAAAAUAUGCAGCUUCUAGGUAUUAUGACUUUUUGCAGAGCCUUGUGGGGACAGCCAGUGCCAGCUCUUCGCGCUCGGCGCAGAAGGAUGUUGCACAGGUCUGCGUCGCGUCCGAGGCGCUCGCACCUGGUUCGGGAUGUGCCGCGCUUGCUGGGAUUGAUCUUGUUUUGUCUGGAAAAGGGUUUGCAGCGCCUUCGCCUGCAGUUGAAACGGUGGACUACAUGUCUGCUUUUGCCAUUCUGCAGUCGGGCAACGAUUGGGCCAGGUGCAAAUUCCAGGCUGUCUUGGCUGUGUGCGACGCCGUCUCGCGCGAACGCAAGGCCACUGAAGAUGAGGCUAAAGCAGCUGACGUCACUCUCGUCGACAAAACAGGCUUGUUCGUGGCAAUGCGGUUGGCGGGGUAG